AAUCUGAGAAACAAGGAGUGGAGAAGAGGCUUGAAUGCAUCGAGGGCCGAUACUAUUAGUAAAUUGAAGAAAACCCUUCUGGAGCUCGCGAAAGAGGUCAGAAGGCCGUCAAAUUUUGCGGAUUUCUAUGCGUAUGCCUUCCAAUAUUGCUUGACAGAGAAAAAACAAAAGAGCAUAGACAUCGAAACUAUCUGCCAACUCCUCGAUAUCGUACUGGGAUCCACGUUCCGAGCCCAAGUUGAUUACAUUGUCGAAUAUCUUAAGAUCCAAAGUGAUUACAAAGUCAUAAACAUGGACCAGUGGAUGGGCUUUUACCGGUUCUGCAACGAGAUGAGUUUCCCGGACAUGACCAACUACAAUCCCGAGCUUGCGUGGCCAUUGAUUAUCGACAACUUUGUGGAAUGGAUUCGUGAAAAACAAGCCUGAAAGUUUCCAUCUUUGUCGAGCUGCUCAAGCCUCUGGCUUCAACAUUUUUCAUUAUUCCAGUUUCUUUCAUCAAACAAACCUCAAAUUCAUUUUUAAAAAAAAAGAAUGAUAGAGCGACGUAUACGAUUCUUGUUACAUGCAUGCGAUUGAUAGAUAACUAGCACCUAAUACUGUAUUUGAUUUUUUUACUUUA